CCUAAAUCGGACGGUCCAAAAACUGCUAUAAAAAUACCUUUAAAACAAAAACCCUAAUCCCCAACCGGCAUUCAUUUCCUCGCCUUGACGAUACGCCUCUCUCUCUUUCUCUCUCGCACUCACACACACACCUCACGAACCCAAAAUGCCUUUCAAGAGGUACGUAGAGAUCGGGAGGGUCGCCCUCGUCAACUACGGCCAAGACUACGGCAAACUCGUCGUCAUCGUCGAUGUCAUCGACCAGAACCGAGCUCUUGUUCAUGCCCCCGAUAUGGAGAGAUCCCAGAUGAAUUUCAAGAGGCUUUCUCUUACUGACAUUAAAAUUGACAUCAAGAGGAACCCUAAGAAGAAGGAAUUGCUCGAUGCUAUGGAGAAAGCUGAUGUUAAGAAGAAGUGGGAGAAUAGUUCCUGGGGCAGAAAACUAAUUGUUCAGAAGAGAAGGGCAAACCUCACUGACUUCGAUAGGUUCAAGCUUAUGCUUGCAAAGAUUAAGAGGGCUGGACUGGUAAGGCAAGAGCUCUCGAAACUGAAGAAGGAGAAUGCCUCUUAAGCUUAAUUUUACAUGGAUUUCCCAAUUUUGUUAUGAAUUUUCUGCAGUUGUAUUUUUGGAUUGUUGGCCUGUCUUUCAAUGAAUUCACAGUUUCAGAGCAGCUUGAGUUUUUAAAUAUUGCUGACCAGACUUUAUUAAUAGUCAGUUUUAUUGGUAGACCUUUUAUUUUA